AUGUUUACAACCUCUGACAACACGUCACACACACAAAUGCCUGGCGGGCAAUAUGAAAAGUGGACAACAGCAAGAGUCAAGAGGUCGCACAUUCGGCCAGGCAUCGUGCCACCAGCGCCCGGAAUACUGCGUCCACGUUCAAGUGAACCUUCGCUGAGGCCCGCAUCAACCGGUAGCCCAGCGCCCGCUUCAUCGCUGUUACAUGUUGGAGCGAACGGCCACGAAUAUUGUCAAUGUUACUAUACUACACUAUAG